AUCUCUCAUUUCCUCACUGAAAAAACCCCAACCCAUCCCUCUUUCCCGAGAAACAAACAAACACAAUGAGUUCCUCCUCCUCCUCGUCCUCCUCGUCCUCCUCCUCCUCCUCCUCCACCUCCAACAACAACGACAACAAUACUGCUUCCCCCAACAGCGAAAACCAUGCUGCCUCCCCCAACAGCGAAAACAAUACUGCCUCUUGCAAAGGCGAAAACAGCACUGCCUCCCCCAACGGCGAAAACCAUACUGCCUGCCCCAACAGCGAAAACAAUACUGCCUCUUGGAAAGGCGAAAACAGCACUGCCUCUUCCAACGGCGAAAACAAUACUGCCUCUUCCAACGGCGAAAAUAAUACUGCCUCCCCCCUUCCUAUCCCCGUCGAAAGCCUCAUCGAUUCCUUGGUGGAGAAACUCCAAAUUAGCUCCACAUCCUCCUUCUCCCUAGAAAGGUUCCCCUCACCCUCAUCUUCCAUCGAUGAAAUCCUCGCCCCGCUAGAUAACCUCGAAGAGGGUGUUGAUGAGCAAGGUAGAACGGCCGAUGAUCGUCACAGGGAGCGUCUUCUCAAAGAGGAGCGGGAGCUGGAGGAGGAAGUUGUCAGGCUCAUUAUCUCCGGCAAGACCGAAUCACUGAUGGUCAAUUCGGGUCAGGCCGUCACCUUGAGAGACCACUAUGUCUGCGUCAGCUCCCGCAAGGAUAGGGAUGGGGAGUACCGUGUUUGGGAGUGGCAUGGCCAUAUUAUGUUGUUUAAUGAAAGGGGUGAAUUUAGUCCGGAGUACUUCUAUGGAAAUUACUUUGAGAGAUUGCCAGAAAGAACUUCUUUUGGUCUCUAUUAUGAGGAGAGGGGAUUAGUGGUGGAGGUGGAAGAAGAUGAGGAGGACGAUGGCCCACCCCCUGCUCAACUGGAUUUGGGAUUGCGGGGCCUCAUCAGCGGUCUUAAUUGCACCAGUAGUGGUCGAAUUGUGCACCGAAAUGUCAAUGCCGAUUCUCAAAGCUUUCUUUGAGAAGAUUGGCUUUCAUUUGGAUGCGCUUAUUAAAGAUGGAGGCUGCUGCCGUUUCUCAUUUCGAUUGUCAGUUGAAUGCUGGCACUUUUAUUGCUUUAUUUCUCUUACAGCUCCCUGAGGAGGUCCAGGGGUUCAAGUGGUGGUCAUUUCAUAAAAGUUAGACCAAUAUAAAGGAUUUUAGUUUUGAAUUUUGAGACUUUAUUUGGUUUAAGCAUGUUUUAAAUUUUUGAACAGAAUACCUAUAUGCACCAAUCUGUUGGUUUACUUUGUAAAUUACAGUUCAUGCUGGUGUAUAAUCAUGUUUGGCAAUAACAUGGUAUUUGUGUU